AAAAAAAAAAAAAAGAAUUAUGUAAACUUAUCUUUCAUUGUCACGUUAGAAGAAUUUGCAAGUCUUACCUGCUGAUUUGUUCUUAUUACAUCGUUUCUCCUUGAUUUCUUUUUUCUAUUUUUCGCGAUUUCCAACAUUGAUAACACUUACAUUGUACCAUGCCCGACAUAACGUACAUUCGAGCCAAAAGAGAAAAGACAAUUUUAUAUUUAUGCAUCGACAAAAAAGAUUCAAUCGACCAAAUCAAGCAAAGUUUAUGUAAAGCAUUGAACAACGGUAAAACAAGCGAUGAAGUACGGCUACUUGUGGAGGGCAAUACGAAAGGGGAGUAUAAAUUGUUAGAAUCGGCAAAGGCUCUAGAGAAUGCCGAUAUUGUUUAUUUUGUUUAUUAUGACCGUGAUCAAGGUCAAUGGGAAGAUGUUCACUAUUCAAUUCCUGAGUUAGAUGCGGACGAUGAAGAAGAAGUGUUGCAAUCACCACCACCAGUGCCAAAGAAGGAUAAGGGAAAGGGCAAAGCUACAUAACCCUUCAUAACUCAAUGAGAAACGGAUUCUUUGUAUAUAGUAUAUUAUUCUUUAGUUUCAUCCCACCAUCACUUUACACGCUUAAAUUCCAGAUAAACCUUUCCCUAGCAGUAUUAGUAUGGAUUGAGCCUUUCCUCUUACUAUCAUACUUUUAAAUAUUAAGCAUAUGCUGUUUAUUUUCGUUGUCGACGUAGAAUGGAGAAUGAGAUUUUUACUCUUGCUCGUUUUGCAUUUGUUGCAGUGCUGUCAUUUACAGGAGAAGUAGUGAGGAGAAAGCAUUAAAAAGAUAGAAUGAAAUACACGCCAGCAGACUUGAUCAAACACAGUUUCAAUGUUAAUAAUCCUGUGGAGCCUUAGGCAUGCAUGAUGUGCCUGUGAAUGUCG